UGAAGUCUCUGGGUGUCAGGAGUCGAUAUGUUCCUGCCGUUGGAAGUAGAAAGCUUUGGUGUGUCCGUCUAAGUAGAUGUAAGGCCACAGCAGUCAAUAGACUUAAAGAUCAAUAGCUGUCUUUUUCCUCAAGGUGCAUGAUGAAGAUUUUUAUUGUUAUUGAAACCUUUGUGCAAUAGAAAAAUCAUUUGAUUAUCAAACAACUAAUUAGCCAUUGUUGCCUGAAAACAAUUUAAAGACAUAAUAGGACCAAACUAUUGCACUGAAUUUUCUUUAAAUAUCACAAAAAACAAUUUUUAAUUCUAACUCAGUCCGCAUUCACCAUCCUGCUCCACCAAAUACUCACUAAAUCACCAAACAUGGAUCUACAUGCUGCUGAAAAUAGUCCUUGAUAUACGUCUCUUCCUGUUUGAGUAACACUGAUUAAUUUCCUUAGACAGUUGGUCACUUUAAGUUUUAAUCAGCCCUCUCAGAAAUGUUAGUUCUAUAAGCUAAAGCAGCCUCCUAAGGACCGAUUUUGCAAUGUCUUGACAGACAUCUUCUUUAAAUGACUCUGCUGAGCAAAUUUAAUAUACCCAGUCUCAGUUAUAUUACAGAAUGCCCUGGGAGCUGUACAGAUUACAUAGCAGGAUUAGUUCACACCUAAUCUCUAUGUAUCAAACACAUUUAAUCCUGUUUCAAAAGAGGAAAUCAUCACAGUGGAGGCAGGCCAGAGGGGCCAGCGGUGUUUCCAGGCUAUGCGAUGACCCGGUGGCUUUGGCGCAGGCCAACUGUGAUGACGAGAGGCUUUCUAUUGUGCUGUGAGCCUCUACGUUUGGCCUUUGCCAGAGUAUAAAAGCUUGGGUUGAGGGCUGACGGGACCAGCACGAGCCAGCCUCCCUCACAAGGCACAGCAAGCUGUACUAACGCAGACUCUCCUGAAGCCCCUCACCAUGUCUCAGACUGCUAAGUCCGCCUCCAGCCAGGGCACUGAUGCCAAGGACAAGGGAGCCCCUGCUCCUGCUGCUGCCACCAGCAAGGCCACCAAGACUGGCGACCCUGGCAUGGGAUCCUACAGAAUCAUGCUGUUCGACCAGGAGAACUUCCAGGGCAGGAUGAUGGAGGUCCAAAAUGAGUGUAUGAACGUGUGUGACCGUGGCAUGGAUAGAGUGCGUAGUAUCAUUGUGGAGUGCGGCCCCUUUGUUGCCUUUGAGCAGAGUAACUUCCGUGGGGAGAUGUUCAUCCUGGAGAAGGGAGAGUAUCCUCGCUGGGAUACCUGGAGCAACUCCUACCGCAGUGACUGCCUCAUGUCCCUCAGGCCCAUCCGCAUGGACAGCAUGGAGCACAAGAUCUGCCUGUUUGAGCUCUCCGACUUCAAGGGUAACAAGAUGGAGAUCCAGGAGGAUGAUGUGCCCACCCUCUGGGCGCACGGCUUCUGCGACAGAGUGGGCAGCGUGAGGGUGCCAGGAGGAGCUUGGGUGGGUUACCAGUACCCCGGAUACAGAGGCUACCAGUACCUGUUUGAGUGCGGUGACUACAGACACUACAAUGACUUCUGCGCCUUCCAGCCUCAGAUCCAGUCCAUGCGCCGUAUCAGGGACAUGCAGUUCCACCAGAGAGGAUGCUUCACCUUCACCGCCGCCAGCAAGUGAAUGACACCUGCCGGGCGCCUGGUGCUGUUGUAACCAUGCAGCCCUCUUAGCUUUUUAUCUCUCCAAACUACCCUUUUCUUCAGAUCUCCAGUCCUUUCCUUAAUCUCCACCAUCAUCGCUCCAUCCCGAAGGAAAGACAGAAUGAGAGCAAAUAACUGGACAACCUUAAGUGACUUUUUAUGGUGCUACAAAUAAACAUGUUGUGAAAAACCUAAA